GCAAAAUAUGUAUUUCUGACAUCAAAGUCAUCAAUCUGGACAAAUAUAUUUCACUGUCUUAAUUCAUUUGCACAUUAGAAGAGUUAAAAAGACCAGGGGAAAAGAGAGGGCGCAUUUUGGAGAGUCGUUUUUGGGGGCAUUUUAACAAAUUAAACAUGGUAGUGUGGCUCGCCCUAUAAGCCUCCAGCCCUACUGCCUGUGCUUACCAAUCAAUUGGUACAUUGAAACAGUGCAAGGCUACGUUACUAUAGCGAGGAGACCUGAAGGCUCGCUUUAUCUCCGCAUAUUGGGACCUCUCCACAAUGUCAUAUCCACAAUUCGGAUAUCCCUACUCGUCUGCACCACAAUUCCUCGUGACAACCAACUCUUUGACAACUUGCUGCGAGUCAAGCGGCAGAAGCAGCGCUGACUCCAGGGUGACCGCCUCCGCCCAGACGCCGGUCUACUGCCCAGUGUACGAGAGCCGGUUGUUGGCCACCGCCAGGCACGAGCUGAGCUCCGCAGCUGCUCUGGGGAUGUAUGGGAACCCGUACACCGGGAGUCAAGGCUAUGGAAAUUACGUUACUUAUGGAACCGACGCGUCCGCUUUCUACUCGCUGGGGACAUUCGAUACCAAAGAUGCAACAGUGCCCGCGCAUGCAGGGAUAACCCAGGCUACAGCUUACUACCCCAUUGACCCCACUCUGGGACAUUAUCAAUACGACAGAUAUGGCUGUAUGGACGGAGGGACCAGGAGGAAGAACGCCACCCGGGAGACAACCAGCACCCUGAAGGCCUGGCUACAGGAGCACAGGAAGAACCCUUACCCCACUAAGGGAGAGAAGAUCAUGUUGGCCAUCAUUACUAAGAUGACCCUGACGCAGGUGUCCACCUGGUUCGCCAACGCCAGGAGGAGGUUGAAGAAGGAAAACAAGAUGACGUGGCCUCCGAGGAACAAGGGUUCUGAUGAGAAGAGAUAUGAUGAGGAUGACGAGGAGAACAUCAACAGUGAGAACAACGAUGAUGAGAAAGAUAAAGAUCUCGCGCUGAGUGACCUGGACGACUUCGACCUGAUAGAAUCCGAGAGCUCGGAGUGCGAGCUCAAACACCGGUACCUCAUGAACACUCACAUGACGACAACUGACUGUUCGGACGAGCAUCUGAAGGACACAUCUUUAAAGAUCAGCAUACCCGUGUCCCUGGGCGGGGAGCAGCAGCUCAGUAAAACCUCACCAGACGGCUGCGACAGCCGGCAGGGGAAAGCUUGUUACCAACAACAGAUACUGGACGGCAAACCACGGAUAUGGUCGUUGGCCCAGACGGCCACGUCUCUGAACCAGGCGGAGUACCCGUCCUGUAUGUUGAGAUGUCAGCCUCAGCCGGGCCUGCCCGCCUCUCCGGCCGUCUCCUCCCCUAUCACGGUUCUAGACAGACGGCAGGACUCUCCCGUUACAACUCUCAGAAACUGGGUGGAUGGGGUUUUCCACGACCCGUUGUUCAGACACAGUACUUUGAACCAGGCCCUUACCAACACCACGGUCUCAUGGACCACGACCACCAAGGGUUCGAUACUAGAGACGGACGCUCUGGAACGUUCUGUUGGGAGCGUCAAAGGACUUCCGUCUCUACAGCACCAAGACUCCACGAAGGACAAUAUGAAUUUCCCUAAACCUGUCAACAAACACUUCUGCUCUUAACACACCAAACCUGCUAUAGUUUAUUAUUCUGUGGGGGUUACUUUUUUUGUUGUUGCAAGGAUAUAUUUACGUAAUUAUAUUGGCAUUUCACUGGUGAAACUUCCAAACAGGAUUCGUUUGAGCGUAUUGCUAUUUCGUUAAAAAAGCACGUAGGCCUGCCUACAAUCUACUGUAUCUAAAUGUAUAACUGACAGUUAACAUUAUAAAUAUGUUUUUUUUUUUACGUUAUUAUUUUUCUUAUAGCAUGCAGAUGUUAAUAAUUUCUAUUAAACAUUCUUUAAAAAGCA